GUAGAUAUCUCCACAUCUGUGUCGGUGCCUGAUGACAAGUGGUUAUCUACCCUGGAAAGCACCCACUGGCUCGACUACACAAGGUCCUGUUUGAGGAAAGCUUCAGAAGUUGCCUGCUUGCUUCGUGGCGGUCACCUGACCGUGGCACUGCAAGAAGCGGACGACCGGGACAUGAGCUGCGUGGUGUCCAGCCUGGUGCAGGUGAUGUGUGACCCCCACUGUCGGACCCAGUGUGGUUUCCAGAGCCUGGUGCAGAAAGAGUGGGUGAUGUCCGGCCACCGCUUCUACAGCCGCAUCAACUACCACCGCGACAACGACAAAGAGGAGGCUCCGGUCUUCCUGCUCUUCCUUGACUGUGUGUGGCAGCUGUGGUCCCAGUAUCCGUCUCGCUUCCAGCUGACAGAGGACUUCCUGUUGGCCCUGCACGACAGCAUCCACCUGCCUCUCUUCUCCAGCUUCCUGGGCAACUGCCAGCGAGAGAGAUGCAAACGCUCCCAGAACAACGGGCAGUCCUACACGCCUGUGAAUGGUUGGAGGGACGCCCUUCAUCAGGACUCGUCCUCAGAUCCGUCAGACCCUCCUCUGCCUCCCGUGUGGGACUGGGCGCUGCAGUACAGCAAACCCAGACGAGACCGCUUCACUCAACCCGUCCCCCCGACCCCACCGCUCCAGCCCCUGCUCAACGGAAACCUCAACACAAACCCAGACACGCACAAGCUGACAGACACCACCCCCGGCUCGGUCGUCCUCCUCUCUCGAGGAACCUUCUCCUGUCCCGCUAACCUGCUUCCCUGGCGCAGCAGCAGCUCAGGCAUUUACAAGAAGAGCCACCGGAGGGCGCCAUCCUCCGAGAGCGUGCCCGGCCUGGAGCGGCUGCUGAAAUCCUGGUCCCUGACUGAGCUUCCCCAGGGCCCCUCUUCCACCUCUGGAUCUCAAGGACCACUUGACCCCUACGAGCCUCUGCUGCCCCUCCUUAUGGGGCCCUGCAUGGGUCUGUGGAGGGAGUGCUACCUCCGGGGGGCGCUCCAUGCACAGGCGUUCUCCCACCCCAUCUCCGCCAACCACCCCCACCCCGUGGAGCGACUCGCCAGGGAGGUGCAGCUGCUCAAAGACAAACUGGCACAGGUGUCCACCACCGCAGAGGAGAACUCGCCCGUCAAGACAGCCGAGCGCCGGCGCACCGACACCAACCUGAACCAAAACACCAACAACGGCACCUUCCUCUUCCCGGCUUCAAGGCCCCACGGCACGGGGGUGACCCGGGCGACGCCCCCUCCUACCUCCGCCAACCACCAGACCUCUAGGGGCGCUCCUCCGCCAGCCGCAGCCCCACCAUCCAGACCAAGCCACAAGGACAAUAGUGGCGGCGGCGGCAGCAAGCACACCUUCCUGUUUGGGCACUCUUCAGCAGCAGAGGCCCGUCCUGACCAGCGGUACCACCCAGCGCCCAGUAACGCCAAGCUGCCAAAGAGCAACGGAUCGAUAGCUUCCUGAUGACUCGUCGUCACUGUUUCCGUUCCACGUCCUGUCUGCACCAAACUAAGUGACGGUGUGGCGUCAUGAGCUGAGCAGAAGGAUGAAACGAUGAGAACGAGCCCUUUACUCUAUUUAUCGUCUGUACUGUAUUUAAGAAAUGUGACAACUGUUUUAUAUUUUAUAGAAACAAAACACGGUAUUACGUUCUUCGUCUAAUUAAAUAUAUCGAACGGCAGAGAAGCAAAAAAAAUCAAACGAGCAUGGGCUGAAGAUGCUUGAUAAUGAAUAACAUGUUUCAAAGCACAGAAUCU